AUGAAAUUAGGAUAUAAUGAAAUAAUGAUAACAUCAAAGUAUUUUAAUGAAAUUAAAGAUUUUAUUAAUUUAGAAAUAGGAAUUAAAAGAUUUAGAGGAAAUACCGAACAAUUUCAUUUUAAUCCAAUUCAUUUUAAUCACUAUUCAAGAAUAUUAUUUGCAAAUAUUGAAACAUUUCAUAUUUAUGAUGAAAACAAUAUGAAACACGGUAGUACCAGAUGUUAA